UCCACUUAUUUUGUUUUCCCCCCCAGCUAAAACCUUUUUUUUUAUUAAAUAAGAUCCCCAUCUUUUUGACCUCCGUAGAGGUUUGACCUGCAGUAAUUACGUGUAACCUAUCUCCAGAGAUGUUUUCGCUGGUCGCUCUCUGUUUGCUCCUGGGUAUCAACCGGGUCAGAUUUAUUGUAGCAACGGGUCCUAGCAACGGGUCGGGCCCAUGGAGACAGAGACUGUGUGAAAGUAUGCAAGACGGGUAAUUGUAUACAAAGUGGAGGGGUUAAAAACGCGACACAUUUCUCAUCCGUCCGCUUUUUGACCUGCCAAAGAUGGGAUGUUCAAGCUCCACUAGCGUCGAGGUUCACCCGCUGGCGGAACCGAGCCGGGACGAGGAUGAAGCAGGAUCUAAAUCCAGCGGACGUGGCGACUCAGCCAGGUCAAAGGGCACAACGGACAGCGGGGUCAUGAUGGAAAACAGAGACCAUCUGGUGUUACCUGGAGGAUUACCAAACAAAAUCCCUCCUCUACCGUCGGAGAGCCUCAGGGAAUGUGUUGCUCCAAAUGAUGCUGAGCCGGACUUGCUGCAGGGUGGCACAACAGUACAGGGGCGUCCCAAGUCCAUGGAGAUACUGGAAGAGCUGUGGAAUCAGGGCAUCAUCCCAGUGGGACAAAUACGGGAGAAAGACAGUGGAGCUGCCUACUGCAUCAUGGACGAAUCCAAACGUGUCACUAGAAGACUUCCUGCCAGGUUGGAGUCACUGAAGGCCAAAAAGGUUCAAAGCCACAGCAGAGAAGAGUUUGAUGAAAAAAUGAGGCUGGUUGAGAAGAGACGCAAGAUGAAGCAAGAAGAAAUGAAAACCCGUUUAAGGACAAACACGUCGCAAGGUCGACGAACGGCUCCCGUCUCCAGCGCCGGGGAGGAAACAGACUCGACCUUGAGUCCUGUGGAGUCGCUACAGCUCCCGGCAGCCAGCGCAGCGUCUCCAGCUCCUGCGCUCCACGGCCAGGCCCCACGCAAAGCAGCCGUGGGAGGAGAGUGGGUCAGAGGGGCUGAAGGAGACAGCAGGGAGUGGCCGGAGGGGAAGCACCAGGGGGGGAAAACGAGGGACGGAAGUGAGGAGGUGGGAGAGGAGGGAGAUCACCUGGAGGGAGGCGGGAUGGAGGAAGAGGAGGUGACUCAGGUGGAGGAGCUGAGGGCAGGCGAGCUCCUCGAUUCUUUAGAGGAACUGGAGAGUGACUCCAGCUUUCAACGUGCAGAGGACAAGGACGAAAUGUUUUAGUUUAUCACAUAACGGAGCCUCUAAUCAGCGCCUCACAGGAGAGGGGAGGAGAGGAGAGGAAGGCAGCCAAAGGAUUUCAUUUUGCACAUUCACAGAAGAUGUUGUUGGCCACUUGGAUCUUAUUAAACAAAUGUAAAAGGGCAAA